CGACGCGCCUUUCUAGUAACAAGGCAAUCCAGAUCGGCGGUUAAGUUAUAAAGAAAACUUCACAGUUCCUAGCAACUAUAUUUGCCUUGUUUUAUUCAUAGGCUGUCUACCGACUGUGGAAGAUUGUUACACGUCACUUACAUGACAUCCUCUGCACACAGCGUCAGCCAUCUUUUAAAUGGGCAAACCAAAACCCUAUAAAUAAAAACAAUGUAUAAGAGUUCAGGAAACAGCAAUAGGAUAAAUUAAACUGCACUGCAACUUUGAGAAUACUUUCGCUUUGGGACAUACGCUUCACAAAUAUUUUUGACUAUUCAAAGCGGCGUUUACCUUGGCUGGCUGUCGCCAUAGUAACCGCACUUCCUUCCCAAUUGUCCCAGGGUACAGUGCGGCGCAGGAAGCUGCUGCUGAUCCUGCAGAGAUGGAUGAGGAAGAGUUGGAGGUUGUGGAGGAGCUAGAGGCAGUAUUACACCUGUCCCCGGAGGUGCAGCAAGCUAUCGAGCAGGUAUUUCCUAGUCAGGACCCAUUAGAUCGUGCAGAUUUCAACGCUGUUGAAUAUAUAAAUACUUUGUUUCCAACUGAACAGUCUCUGUCAAAUAUUGAUGACGUUGUUAGCAAAAUUCGUUUAAAAAUAAGGCGCUUGGAUGACAAUAUCAGAACAGUUGUACGUGGACAAACAAAUGUUGGACAAGAUGGUAGGCAGGCUCUCGAAGAAGCGCAAAAAGCCAUACAGCAGCUCUUCGGCAAGAUUAAAGACAUCAAAGACAAAGCAGAAAAAUCUGAGCAAAUGGUUAAAGAAAUAACACGUGAUAUCAAGCAGCUGGACCAUGCUAAACGUCACUUAACUACCUCAAUAACAACACUAAAUCACCUUCACAUGCUGGCCGGAGGUGUAGAUUCACUGGAGGCCAUGACCCGAAAGCGGCAGUAUGGGGAAGUUGCCAACCUCUUGCAAGGAGUGGUGAAUGUAUUAGAGCAUUUUCAGAAGUACAUGGGAAUUCCACAGAUCAGACAACUUUCUGAAAGGGUUAAAGCUGCACAAACUGAACUGGGUCAACAAAUUUUAGCAGAUUUUGAGGAAUCUUUUCCAUCCCAGGGGACAAAGAGGCCUGGGGGACCAAGUAACGUCCUGCGUGAUGCCUGUCUGGUAGCUAACGUUUUGGAUUCUCGUAUUAAGCAGGAAAUCAUCAAGAAAUUCAUCAGGCAACAUCUGUCAGAAUACUCGGUGCUAUUCCAAGAGAAUCAAGAUGUUGCUUGGCUUGAUAAAAUUGAUCGUAGAUAUGCUUGGAUAAAACGUCAGCUGGUAGACUAUGAGGAAAAGUAUGGACGCAUGUUUCCAGUGGACUGGUGCAUGACAGAACGCAUUGCUGUUGAGUUUUGCCAUAUCACAAGGAAUGAUCUUUCUAAGAUUAUGAGAACAAGAGCCAAAGAGAUUGAGGUAAAGCUGCUGCUGUUUGCCAUUCAGAGAACCACAAAUUUUGAGGGACUUCUAGCAAAACGCUUCUCUGGCAGUACUCUGAGUGACAAUGUUGUGAAAAAGCCAGAUCCACAGCCUCCAGUAUCCACUAAUCCAUUCUUGGAUGAUGACAACUUGACAGACGAGUCGGUCCUUGAUAAAGAUAGUGACCUGGACAAACCAAAGAAACCAAAGCUUCCAGAAAACCCUUUUCAUGGCAUUAUUUCUAAAUGCUUUGAGCCACAUCUUUAUGUAUAUAUUGAGUCCCAAGACAAAAACUUAAGUGAAUUAAUUGAUCGAUUUGUUGGAGAUUUUAAAGCUCAGGGUCCACCAAAAUCCACAUCUGAGGAUGCAGGAGCAGUUCUACCAAGCUGUGCUGACCUAUUUGUCUACUACAAAAAAUGCAUGGUUCAGUGUUCUCAGCUUAGCACUGGGGAGCCAAUGAUUGCCCUUUCUACUAUAUUCCAAAAGUAUCUGCGGGAAUAUGCUUGGAAGAUCCUUUCUGGAAAUUUACCUAAAACAUCCAGCAGUAGCAGUGGCCUUACAAUCACCAGUCUUUUGAAAGAAAAAGAAGGCUCGGAAGUAGCAAAAUUCACCCCAGAGGAAUUAUGUCUUAUUUGCAGCAUCCUAAGUACAGCAGAGUACUGUCUUGCAACCACACAACAGUUAGAAGAGAAACUGAAAGAAAAGGUGGACCUCACACUGACUGAAAGAAUUAACCUGACAGGAGAAAUGGACACAUUUAGCACUGUAAUCUCAAACAGCAUCCAGCUGCUUGUCCAAGACCUAGAUUCAUCAUGUGAUCCUGCACUCAUUGCAAUGAGCAAGAUGCAGUGGCAGAACGUGGAACAUGUUGGUGACCAAAGCCCCUAUGUUACCUCAAUUAUUUUUCAUAUAAAGCAGAGUGUUCCUAUUAUCAGAGACAACCUUGCAUCCACAAGAAAAUACUUUACUCAGUUCUGCAUUAAAUUUGCUAAUUCUUUUAUUCCAAAAUUUAUCAAUCACCUAUUUAAAUGCAAGCCUAUCAGUAUGGUCGGAGCUGAGCAGCUGCUUCUCGACACACAUUCUCUGAAAACCGUUCUUCUAGAUCUGCCUUCAAUUGGUUCCCAAGUCAUACGUAAAGCCCCAGCCAGUUACACCAAGAUUGUGGUAAAAGGCAUGACACGAGCUGAAAUGAUUCUGAAGGUGGUAAUGGCACCGCAUGAGCCUUCUGUUGUUUUUGUAGAUAAUUACAUUAAACUGCUUGCUGAUUGCACCACGGAAACAUUCCAAAAGAUCCUGGAAAUGAAGGGCCUAAAGAGAAGUGAGCAAAGCACCAUGCUGGAUCUAUUCCGUCAAAGACUUCCAGCCCCUCCAUCUGGCAGUGAAAACAGCUCUGCAGCUCUCCCAGCCCCUACCCCAGAGCAGGAGUCAUCACGUAUACGCAAGUUGGAAAAGCUUAUAAAGAAGAGACUGUGAGAAAAAAAAAGAUAGUAGUUAGGUGUUACAAGGAAAUCUGGUAUAAGUUUUGUAAAUCAGAUUACAGAGGAACAACCCUUUCCAAUGAAUAAUGCCAAGUGUCAACAACAUAGAACUGCUGCCAGCUACACUGGAUUUGACUGACUUGUGUAAUGCCGCCUCUGUCUAGACAGAAUGUAUCAAGAUUAGUUGUCUAUCCCUGAAGCAUGUAAAAAGCCUUGCGUGGGUGUACAUGGUCACAGAUUCACUCUGCCUAUUUUGCUGUUUGCUUUUGCCUAGGGCUUUGUAUGAUGAUGCAUAGUUGUAUAUAUUAUAUUUAAGCAGACAUUUGUGUUCCUUUGGAGGGAUAGGAUAUUGUGUCUAGCCACUGCAAAACAUCACCCAUGUGCUUUACUAGCAGUAAAGAUAGGAAAAUGUGAGUACACCAUGCAACUAUGGCAGUUACCUUUUUAUGUCCCACCCCACCUUCAUGCAGUAUCAGUUGAUCAAUUCAUUGAAAGAAUGAAAAUUUAUAAUUACAUUUUAAAUACCAGGCUUGUACUAAAGGUUUCAUUACUGUAACCCUCUUUAUUGAGCAUUCAGGCACACUGCAUUAUCAAACUAUAGAAGGGCCUUUGAUAUAUAUUAUAUAAGUAUAGUACUAUCACCACUCUUUUCAUCUUUGUUUUCAUUAUGGAUUUUCAAUGCAUUGCCGCAAUUCCCUAAUUGUUGGUAUGUCUAUUUUAUAUUAUGUGUCUUGCUACAGGGAAAUGGGUUGCUGAUUCAGUCUGUACAAAUAAAAUUGUGUUUUUUAUUUGAUUUUUUUUUAAGUAACACUAAGGAAAACAGUCACCAAAUUAUUAAAUCAAUGUUUGGUAAACUGCUCUUUACUGAUAUGAAUCUUUAAUCUCUCUAGAAAUCAACCUGUUUGGGAAAAUGACCCAUGCAUGAUAUGCUUCCUAUUUCUCCUAAAAAGCCCCCCCCCCAGUCACUUCCUCCCAGCUUAAUGUGUUGGGGGUGAACAGUGUUGUAAUUGUGCCAGGUGUCUGACCUAACAAUUAGGUCAUAGUCGGUAGAGUUUAACAACUGUCUAACCUGUGUUGUGGGAUAUAAAAACUCAAUCACAACAGAACCUUUAUGGUUUAGUAUAAUUAAUGUGUAAUAAAAGGUGCAGGUGCCCACCUAGCUUUAAAACUGGUAACCAGUAAAUUUUUCUUCUGAUUGGUUGCUAUAGGUGACUAGAUUUCUUGCAAACUUUGUAUUAUAUAACCCCCUUAAAGCAGAAGGAAAGGCAAAGUCACUUGGGGGUGCCAAAAUGUUA